CAAAAUAACCUUUGGACUGGGCCAGAUCAGCAACGUCUUCCAAACAACUGUUUGCAAAGCUAACAGGAAAACAGAUCUCUUGACCAUAAAAACAGAUAACUCUGACGUUCUUUAGAAUUACUAACCAGCCACGUAUGUAUAGCUAAAGAUUAACUAACUUCUCGUGCUAGCACCAACCUAAAUUCCUUUUUUCUAUUCAUGUAACUAUUUCCCUUCCGUUUUCUCAUAAAAACACUUUGUCUUCACUCUGAAAUCGGGACACCAUUUGGGUUUCUACUUGGAUCUAUGCCCCCAGUUAUAAUUCUGUGAUCUCAAACGUUUGUUGCCUCGUUUUAUGGCUUUUUAUUUUGGGCUUAGCACCCUCGUUCCACAGCCCACCCAAAGAUGUACUCUCAAGGGCCAGGCAUGGGGUGGGGAAGCUCAAGGAUCAGCAACACCGGUCCUGAAAAGGCUCAGCCCCAGCUCCCCGCGGGGCCUAGCUUCUCACCACCCAACGUUCGUUUCCUGUUAAGUCCGGACCCGCACGGCUACGUCGGCAGCCGCCCUCAGGGAAGGAAAAAGAACCACUCGGGGAAGCCGAGGGGAAGAAUUGUGGGCUUUGGUCACAACACCACAGCGGGGACAGAGCAGCCCGGCUCUUCGCGUCCCCGAUCCCCCUGCAGGGCCCUGCCUCCUCGGUGCGCGUCUGCCUCGGGGCGCACACGGGCUGGGGCCUGUCCGGACUCAGGGACAGAUGGGAGGGACAGGGCGACACGCGGAUCCAUUCCCCAGCCCGGCCCCGCCCGAGCGUCUCCAGGCAAAGAGAGAUCAGGGGAGCCCGGAGAGGUGGGAACGAGAGGGACGCACGUGGGUCUGAGAGAUCUCAGGCCCCGCUCCGCGAGGUUAGGGUCUUCAAGGGGCCAGUCGUGUGGGGCCUCGGCCCCGUUUGAAGAUGGUCGGAGUAGAGCUCGGUUAGAUCCGCGGAAGGGACACUCCGGGAGGGCUUGAGCCCCCUAAUUCCACCAGAUCACCCAAUAUCAUGACCACCUGGUGCUUUGCAAAGUGCUGCAGGAGGACCAGCCCAAGCGGUCCAGACAAGGAGCUGCCUGGCUGAUUGAGGCCCCGACACCCCCUCGGCCACGGAAUUGCUGUGUGACCCGAGUCAGCGUCCAACC